GCGGAAGGGCUUUGCUGCGCUUCCGGGGGCGACCGGCGGGAGCUGCCGGCACGUGUGGGAGCGGCGCGGCCCGGCUCGGCCCGGCCCGGCCCGCCGCCAUGGCGGCCGUGCGGGUGGAGGAGGUGCUGGCGGCCGCCGAGGAGCAGGAGGCGGAGAAGCGGCGGAGCGUCACGGUGGAGAAGGAGCUGGAGCUGGAGUUCGACCUGGGCAACCUGCUGGCGCUGGACCGCAACCCCCCGCCGGCGGCGGGGCUGCGCGGGGCCGGCCCGCGGCGGGAGGCGCUGCUGCGGGCGCUGGCCCGCGACAACGCGCAGCUGCUGGUGGCCCGGCUCUGGGAGCUGCCGGCCGAGCGCGCCGGCGGGGCGGGGGGGCCGCUGGUGGCGCGGCUGCCCGAGCCGGCCUUCCGCCUGCCGCGGGAGAAGCCGCCGCCGCGGCCGCGGCCGCCGACGCGCUGGGAGCAGUUCGCGCGGCUGAAGGGCAUCCGCCGCCGCAAGCGGACCUCGUUGGUGUGGGACGAGCAGGCCAAGGAGUGGCGGCGGCGCUGGGGCUACCGGCGGGCGGGCGGCGACCCGGCCCGCGCCUGGCUGGCGGAGGUGCCGGAGGGCGCCGACCCGCAGGAGGACCAGUUCGCCCGGCUGCGGCGGGAGAAGCGGGAGCGGGUGGCGCGCAACGAGCUCAACCGCCUGCGCAACCUGGCCCGCGCCCACCGGGCCGGCACCGGCACCGCCGCCCCCGCCGCGCCCCUCCACCCCACUGGCCACCAGAGCCGGGAGGAGCUGGGCCGCGUUGCCCGCGUCGCCCGCGUCUCCACCGCCUCGCUCGGCCGCUUCCAGCCCCGGCUGCCCAAGGAGCCGGCCGAGCCGCCGUCCCGCAGCGGCGGCAGGAAGCGCCGCUUCGAGCCGCUGCUGGGCAACCUGGCGGCCGAGCGCAGCCGGCAGCUGGAGCUGCUGCGGGACAUGGGCAGCAAGAGGCCGGUCCUCGACAUCACCCGGGCCGUCAACAAGCAGCUGCGCCAGGAGGAAGCCGAGGCCGCCGCCGCCAAGGGCAAGAAGCAGUCGCAGCGGGGGAAGCGCGGCCGCCGGCAGCAGCGAGCUGGCCGCAGCGCCAAGAAGAGCGGAGCCCGGCGGCAGCAGCAGCAGAGGCCUGUGGGCAGCGGCACCGGCGGUGGUGGCGGCAGGAGAAAGAAGGCGUGAGGGACAGAGGGGCUUCGUGCAGCACGGGGCUGGGGAUGCCCGCCAAGGUGCGGGAAGGGACUGUCGCUGACGGCCUCCUGCCCGGUGCUCUAUUCCCACACCUAUUUGUCAAUAAAUACGUUCUGGCCUUUCUAAAA